GUUCUGUGUACGUGCACCGCCAUCUUUAAUUUACCGGCAGCAUGGCGGAUGCUGCUGCCCGUCAGCUUCAAUAUGAAUACAAAGCGAACUCUAAUCUUGUACUUCAAGUCGAUCGGUCGCUCAUUGACCGGCGUGCCAGAGAUGAGGCCACGGGAGAAGUCAUGUCCCUGGUGGGCAAACUGGUGGGAACUAAGAUGGGAGAUAAAUCCAUGAGAACAAAACCACCACAGAUGGAAGAAAGGAAGGCAAAGCGGCGAAAGCGUGAUGAAGCUCAGCGGGACAUGUUGAAGAUGAAGGGUCAGUCCCUGUUGUCUGAGGGGAUAGAUGAGAUGGUGGGCAUCCUGUACAGACCCAAGACACCAGAGACCAGGCAGACUUAUGAAGUUCUGCUCAGUAUUAUGCAGAGUGCACUUGGAGAUCAGCCCAGGGAUGUAUUGUGUGGUGCUGCCGAUGAAGUCUUGGCUGUGUUGAAGAAUGACAGAAUGAAGGAUAAAGAGAGGAAGAAAGAAGUGGAGGCUCUCCUAGGGGAAAUGCAGGAGGAAAGGUUUGCUCUGCUGGUGAAUCUUGGGAAGAAGAUCAGUGACUGGGGCAGUGAAGAGAAGAUGCAGACAGAUGACAGCAUGGAAACAUUUGGUGUCAAUGUCCAGUUUGAUGAGUCUGAGGAGGAGGAUGAGGAGGAUGCUUUUGGUGAGGCACGAGGAGAGAGCGAGGAUGAAGAUGACGAGGGAGUUGAGGCACAUGUGGAUGCUACACUGGUUUCGAGUCUCUCUGUGGAAGGUGGUGCCAAGGCAGAGAAGGAGUUGCAUCCCAGAGAUAUAGAUGCCUUCUGGCUGCAGAGAAGUCUCAGGAAGUACUAUGAUGACCCAAUGGUGGCACAGGCCAAGGCUGGAGAAGUACUGGAAAUUCUAAAGAGCUCAUCUGAUGACCGUGAGGCAGAGAACCAGUUAGUGGUAUUGCUGGGCUUUAAUCAGUUUGAUUUCAUCAAAGUGCUGCGACAACAUAGACAAAUGAUCCUGUUCUGCACCAUGCUUGCUCAGGCCCAGAGCCAAGAGGAAAGAGCAAAAAUUGAGGAAAAGAUGAGCUCUGAUGCGAAUUUGUCGAAAAUUCUACACACCCUCCAGGAAACAGACAAAGAAGAUCUUGUCAGGGAGGAGAGAGAACGACGCCAAGCAAAAAGACAAACGAGAGUUGAUGCUGAUUUGGAGGCCAUGGAUACAGAUGAAAGACAGGAUGUUGGUAAUGUCCAGCUGCUUGACCUGGAGGACCUGGUGUUUGGUAUGGGCAGUCACCUGAUGGCCAAUAAGAGGUGCCAGCUGCCCGAUGGUUCCUUCAGAAAACAAAGGAAAGGUUAUGAAGAGGUCCAUGUGCCUGCCUUAAAGCCAAAACCUUACGAAAAUAAUGAGACCAGAGUUCCCAUUGAUCGCUUGCCCAAGUAUGCCCAGCCGGCAUUUGAAGGUUUCAAGAGUUUGAACAGAAUCCAGAGUAGGCUGUCCAAUGCUGCAUUGGAGUCGGACGAGAACUUGCUUGUUUGUGCACCAACGGGUGCUGGUAAGACUAAUGUUGCUCUGCUGACCAUCCUGAGAGAGAUAGGCAAACACAUCAACCCAGAUGGCACCAUCAACACUGAUGAGUUCAAGAUCAUCUAUGUGGCCCCCAUGAGGUCCUUGGUACAGGAGAUGACUGGGAGCUUUACCAAGAGGCUGAGUUCCUAUGGCAUCCAAGUGUCAGAACUGUCAGGGGAUCACCAGCUGAGCCGAGAGCAGAUCAUGGCCACCCAGGUGAUAGUGUGUACCCCAGAGAAGUGGGACAUCAUCACCAGGAAGGGAGGGGACAGGAUCUACACACAGCUGGUUAGGCUUAUGAUUAUUGAUGAGAUCCAUUUGUUGCAUGAUGAGAGAGGGCCUGUGUUGGAGUGUUUGGUGUCUAGAACAAUCCGCAAUAUUGAAACAACCCAGGAAGACGUGAGACUGGUAGGUCUCAGCGCCACACUGCCUAACUAUGAAGAUGUGGCCACCUUCCUGAGAGUGGACCCUGAGAAAGGACUUUUCUACUUUGACAACAGUUUCCGUCCUGUGCCUCUGGAACAGCAGUAUGUAGGUGUCACAGAGAAAAAGGCCAUUAAGAGAUUUCAGGUCAUGAAUGACAUUGUGUAUGAGAAGGUCAUGGAACAUGCUGGGAAAAAUCAGGUAUUGGUGUUUGUCCACUCUCGUAAAGAGACGGGCAAGACAGCACGGGCCAUUCGUGACAUGUGCCUGGAGAAGGACACUCUGAGUGCAUUCUUGAAGGAAGGCUCUGCAUCCACUGAGAUUCUGAGGAGGGAAGCUGAGCAAGUGAAGAAUUUGGAGUUGAAAGAUCUCCUUCCCUAUGGUUUUGCUAUUCAUCAUGCUGGCAUGACAAGAGUUGACCGCACCCUGGUGGAGGAUCUGUUUGCUGACCGUCACAUCCAGGUCCUGGUGUCCACAGCCACCCUAGCCUGGGGGGUCAACCUGCCAGCACACACGGUCAUCAUCAAGGGAACCCAGGUGUAUAACCCAGAGAAAGGAAGAUGGGUGGAACUGGGGGCCCUGGAUGUCAUGCAGAUGAUGGGCCGUGCUGGCCGUCCCCAGUAUGACACCAAGGGGGAAGGUAUCCUCAUCACCAACCACAGUGAACUGCAGUAUUAUCUCUCCCUCAUGAAUCAACAGUUGCCCAUAGAAAGCCAGUUCAUAGCCAAGUUGGCAGACAACCUGAAUGCAGAGGUUGUCCUGGGAACAGUGCAAACAGUGAAGGAUGCUGUACAGUGGUUGGGAUAUACAUACCUUUAUAUCCGUAUGUUGAGGGCCCCCACCCUGUACGGGAUAGCCCAUGAUGACCUAAAGGAUGACCCCUGGCUGGAGCAGAGGAGGAAAGAUCUGGUCCACACGGCAGCCAUGAUGAUAGAUAAAAAUAACCUGAUGAAGUAUGACAAGAAAUCUGGACAUUUUCAGGUGACAGAGCUUGGCCGUAUUGCCAGCUACUAUUACUGUACCAAUGACUCCAUGUCCACUUACAACCAGCUUCUGAAGCCUACACUUAGUGAGAUUGAACUGUUUAGAGUGUUUUCUCUGUCCUCUGAGUUUAGGAACAUCACAGUCAGAGAAGAAGAGAAGCUUGAGCUGGCCAAGUUGUUGGAGAGGGUACCUAUUCCUAUCAAAGAGAGCAUUGAGGAGCCCAGUGCAAAGGUGAAUGUGUUGCUGCAGGCCUACAUCUCUCAGUUGAAGCUGGAAGGGUUUGCCCUGGUGGCAGACAUGGUGUACAUCACCCAGUCAGCAGGGAGGCUGAUGAGGGCUCUGUUUGAGAUAGUACUCCACAGAGGCUGGGCACAGCUGGCUGACAAGGCUCUGGCUCUCUGCAAGAUGAUUGACAAGAGAAUGUGGCAGUCAAUGAGCCCACUUCGCCAGUUCAAGAAAAUACCAGAAGAGGUCAUCAAGAAAAUCGAGAAGAAGAACUUCCCCUGGGAGAGAUUCUACGACUUGGGCCACAAUGAAAUUGGAGAGUUGAUCCGUAUGCCCAAGUUGGGGAAAACCAUCCACAAGUAUGUCCAUCAGUUUCCAAAACUGGAGCUGGCGGUCCACAUCCAGCCCAUCACACGGUCCACUCUCAAGGUAGAACUGACCAUCACGCCAGACUUUCAAUGGGAGGAAAAGGUGCAUGGACACUCAGAGGCUUUCUGGAUAUUGGUAGAAGAUGUAGACAGUGAAGUGAUCCUUCAUCAUGAAUAUUUCCUACUCAAAAAUAAAUACGCACAGGAUGAACACAUAGUGAAAUUCUUUGUUCCUGUGUUUGAGCCGCUGCCUCCCCAGUACUUCAUACGGGUGGUGUCAGACAGAUGGAUAGGUGCCGAGACCCAACUCCCUGUCUCGUUCCGUCAUCUUAUCCUGCCAGAGAAGGUGCCGCCCCCUACAGAACUGUUGGACCUGCAGCCCCUGCCCGUGUCUGCCUUGAGGAACCCCCACUUUGAGCAGCUGUAUCAGGAGAAGUUCCAGUUUUUCAAUGCUAUUCAGACACAAGUGUUUAACACUGUGUACAAUGGAGAUGACAAUGUGUUUAUUGGUGCCCCUACUGGCAGUGGGAAGACCAUCAGUGCAGAGUUUGCUAUCCUGCGUAUGCUGACACAGAGUCCAGAGGGACGCUGCGUAUAUGUCACACCAAAGGAUGCACUGGCUGACCAGAUCUACGCAGACUGGCACAACAAAUUUGCUCUCCAGCUGGGAAAGAAGGUUGUUCAGCUGACAGGAGAGACUGCCACAGAUCUCAAGCUACUGGCCAAGGGUAACAUCAUAGUGAGUACCCCAGAGAAAUGGGAUGUGCUGUCCAGGAGGUGGAAACAGAGGAAGAAUGUCCAGAAUGUCAACCUCUUCAUUGUGGAUGAACUGCAUCUGAUUGGAGGAGAGGAUGGGCCUGUACUGGAAGUCGUCUGCUCCAGAAUGAGGUACAUUUCCUCGCAGAUAGAAAGAAACAUCCGUAUAGUUGCCCUCAGCUCCUCCCUGUCUAAUGCUAAAGACAUUGCUCAGUGGUUGGGCUGUAGCACAACUGGCACCUUUAACUUCCAUCCCAAUGUCAGGCCUGUGCCAUUAGAGUUGCACAUACAGGGUUUCAACAUCAGUCACAAUGCCUCUAGACUGAUGGCUAUGGCAAAGCCGGCAUACCAGGCAAUCAAUAGACAUUCCCCAAAGAAACCAGCUCUGGUGUUUGUGCCAUCUCGUAAGCAAACACGCCUGACCGCCAUUGAUAUACUGACAUUUGCCGCAGCAGACAGGCAGCCCAGCAGGUUCUUACAUGUAAAGGAAGAAGAUUUGGAGCCCUUCUUGGAGAAAUUAACAGACAAGACUUUAAAAGAGACGAUAAGCAAUGGAGUGGCCUAUCUCCAUGAGGGACUGACCGAAGUGGAGCGUAGGGUUGUGGAGCAGCUCUUCACCAGUGGCGCCAUACAAGUUGUUGUUGUUUCUCGAAGCUUGUGUUGGGCUCUUCAGGUUGUCAGCCACCUGGUGGUGGUCAUGGAUUCACAGUUCUAUGAUGGCAAGAUUCAUGCUUAUGAAGACUACCCUGUAACGGAUGUUUUGCAGAUGGUUGGACGGGCUAACAGACCUAAUGAAGAUGAUGCUGGAAAGGCUGUAAUUCUCUGUCAAAGCAGCAAGAAGGACUUCUUCAAGAAGUUUUUGUAUGAGCCUUUACCAGUUGAGUCUCACUUAGACCACUUCCUGCAUGACCACUUCAAUGCAGAGAUUGUCACCAAGACCAUUGAGAACAAACAGGAUGCUGUGGACUACCUGACUUGGACUUUCCUCUACAGGAGGAUGGCGCAGAAUCCUAACUAUUACAACUUGCAGGGUGUGAGCCAUCGUCAUUUGUCAGAUCACCUGUCUGAACUGGUGGAGAACACACUGCAUGACUUGGAACAGUCGAAGUGUAUCAGUAUAGAAGAUGAGAUGGACGUGUCACCUCUGAACUUGGGAAUGAUUGCAGCCUACUAUUACAUCAAUUACACCACAAUAGAAUUAUUCAGCAUGUCUCUAAAUAACAAGACAAAGAUCAAAGGUCUGAUUGAGAUCAUCUCCAAUGCUGCAGAGUAUGAUAGCAUUCCAAUACGACACAGGGAGGCCAAUAUUCUCAAACAGCUUGGAAGCAGGCUGCCCAACAAGAUCAAUAACCCCAAGUACACUGACCCCCAUGUGAAGACCAACCUCCUCCUCCAAGCUCACUUGUCACGUAUGCAGCUUCCUGCUGAGCUGCAGUCUGACACUGAAGAUAUUCUCACCAAGGCUAUCCGUCUGAUCCAAGCCUGUGUUGAUGUGUUGUCCAGCAAUGGCUGGCUGUCCCCUGCUCUAGCAGCCAUGGAGCUGGCCCAGAUGGUCACUCAGGCUAUGUGGGGCAAGGACUCCUACCUGAAGCAGUUGCCACAUUUUACUGCAGAAAUCAUCAAGAGAUGCCAAGAGAAGAACAUAGACACCGUGUUUGAUGUGAUGGAAAUGGAAGAUGAUGAGAGGAACACCCUCUUGAGUCUGUCAGAGACAGAAAUGGCUGAUGUGGCCAGGUUCUGUAAUAGAUAUCCCAACAUUGAAAUGACCUAUGAAGUGGAGGAGAAGGACAAUGUUAAGAGUGGAUCUCCAGUGAAUGUUGCAGUAACAUUAGAGAGGGAGGAUGAAAUUGCAGGCCCAGUGGUUGCUCCCUUCUUCCCACAGAAACGCGAAGAAGGCUGGUGGGUUGUAAUUGGUGACCCCAAGUCCAAUUCUCUGAUCUCCAUCAAACGCCUGACUUUGCAACAGAAGGCCAAGGUCAAGUUGGACUUCGUGGCACCCUCUCCUGGUAAACACAGUUACGUCCUGUACUAUAUGAGCGACUCCUACAUGGGCUGUGACCAAGAGUACAAGUUUAGCAUUGAUGUUGGCGAGGGAGAGAGUGGAAGCGAGGACAGUGGAAGUGAGAGCGAUUAAUUGACUUCGCACAGUGUAUUGGUUUGAUUACAUUAUGGAUAAGAUAUGUAAAGUACUUUGACCCAAGUGAUAACAAUAAUGGGAGUGUUUAAAGCAAGGAAAGACAUUAAAGAAUUUGAAUAUCAGCAGAAAAGCAUACAAUCCAAUCUGUUUGUAGCUUUUGAUAGAGGAACCAAUUAUUUAUACUAGAAGUUGAUGGCACUCUUAUCUCCAUCUUUUUGUUACAUUUUCUUAAAGGAAAUGGAUUACUAACUCCAAAAUGACAUUUCAUGUGUUUUAUGACAUGUACCUAUUCUUUAACAAAUCAAGUCUGAAUAAAUUUCAAUUGUAGACAAUACAAAUACAAAGCAAUUGACUGAUUUUGGAGUAAUGAAGUGAUCACUGUACAUUAUAGAUUUUUUUUGUAAAGAAUUGAAAAUAUUAAAACAUUAGUUUUAGAAAUUCAA